GGCCAGUACAUUGCUCAAGCGAGCGUUCGGCCUGCCUAUUCCUACCGCAUAACCUUCCUCUACCUACAUACUUAUUUUACAUGCCUCUACUUUUCUCUCUCUACCUUUACCUGUGCCUCUGCCUCUGCCUCUUGUUUCUAUUCUCGUCAUUUGAUCCAUGUUCGAUCUGUUGGCCUCCCUUUCGACACAACAGCAUACCGUACCGUAUUGCAGCAUGUCAGGAUACCUACUUACCUAUGCACACAGUUGGUGACCUUGCAACCAGCUCAAACCGACACGUCCAUCAGCUACCGACCUACAUCAGACCUACACCAGACCUACACCAAGACCUACUUCGUACAUCCACACCUCCCGCAUCCGCAUAUAGACCUCUUUGAUAAAGUAAGUGAGUGCACAGCAGCGAGCAGUGACCAGCUUGAACACCCAGCCCGCACCGGAAACGCACAACAUAGUUGCUACAACCUCCACAUUCGUCCACUAGAUAGGGU